AUGUUCAUCAAGGUUACGGAGAGACAGGUGGAUGCACAGACUGGCGUUCAGUACACCUUUGGGGAGCUGCUGGACGGUUGCCGUCGCGUCGCCGCUGGACUCCGCAGACUUGGGCUGCGCACCGGCGACAUUGUCGCUUUCCACUGUGUCAACAGCUACGAAUCGAUGGUUACCAUGUGCGGGACUUUCUUCGCCGGUGGCGUAGCCAAUCUGAUCAAGACUAAUCUCACUCACGGUGAAGUUCGACCACAGCUAAUUGUCGCACAACCAAUUUUCGUUGUCUGUGACUUGAAGGACGCAGAGAAGGUCAAAAAUGUUUGCGAAGGCAUUGCGUCACUGAAGAGUGUCAUCGUUACCACCGGAGCUUGUGAAGGAACACGAAUGCUGUCUGAGCUGAUGCAGUCUUCUAUGGGAGGCGUCGAAGCGCUCAUCAAUCCGAACCCCGACGCAGUGUUGGCGAUAUUCUACUCUAGCGGCUCAACAGGAUUCCCGAAGGGCGUGCUGCUUACCCACCGCAACAUAAUCGCCCAAGUUAUAUCGUUCCGGAACCAGGCUUCCAACACAAGCACGCCGAGCAACUGCCUUUCCAAGUGUCCUGCGCUUGCAUUGCCGACGACGGCCUUUUUGUUUCCAACAAUCGUUCACAAGUUGGAUCAAUCCCCGCUUACGGACCAACUGGACACCAGCAGUCUCACAAAAGUGAUUGUCGGUGGCAGUACACUAACCUCGUCCGUUCUGCAAAGUGUCGUUCAGAAGCUUCACCUGCCGGGGAUCAUACAAGCUUAUGGUAUGACAGAACUAACCGGGGGCGCCGCCUCUUCGACACCACAACUUGAUGACCUCAAGAGCGUGGGCCGGCCACUACCGUUCAUCGAGAUCAAAGUGGUGCAUCCCGAGAGUCGUCAAACUCUUGGUCCGAACGAGCAAGGGGAGAUAUGCGUGCGAGGACCAAACUGUUUCAAGGGAUACUUCAAGAACGACAUAAAGACUUCAGAAGCUUAUGAGAACGGCUUUGUUCGCACUGGUGAUAUCGGCUACUACUCUGCCGACGGCCGCAUCUUCAUCUGCGGCCGCUUGAAAGAGCUCAUCAAAUGCAUGGACCAGCAAGUGGCUCCCGCUGAACUGGAAGAGCUUCUGGCUGCAGACCCAGACGUGCUACAGGUGAUCGUGGUUGGAGUGCCACACCCGCAGUACGGAGAGGCCCCUCGGGCAUUCGUGGUGCCCCGGCGCCGCCUUCCUGGGCCCGACGAAGAGGCGCGCGAGGCCGACAGGCUAAAGAAUCUUGUUGCUGCCAAUUUUGCCAACCACAAGCACCUGUACGGUGGUGUACAGUUCAUGGACAGCAUACCGCUGACUGGAAACCAAAAGAAUUCGCGAAGUUCCCUCAAGGAGCUGUACAUUCAGCAGAACAGAUGCGCCAACCAGAGAUGUUUGGAUGCCUGAAACAUGUCGUUUCCGUGUCAUAAUUUAUUCUGUGUUGUGU